AGCCUCGGCCCUCUCCGCCGGGCGGCGCCCGCGCGAGCGAGGAGGGGCGGCCGCCGACUUGACCCUCCUCGUCGGAGACGGGCCCCCUGUGCACACGAUGCGCCCCGCUCACUGCCCACCCGCCCCCUGCGACCCGCCCGCCAGCGGCGGCCAGCCUGAGGCGACAGCCCGCCACGGCGCCGACGACUGGCAGGCGCCGUCCGGAGCCGCGCCCGGGCGCGCCGAGCCGGCGACGCUUCACGCCUUCGGCCGGCACCUGGAGCUCGUCGGGCUCGUCAUGCAGCGGCGGGGCGGGAAGUUCUCGCAGCAGGUGGCCGACACCACCGCCUUCGCGGACAGCGCCAACGCGCUGGUGCAGCAGCUCAGCAGCCCGCAGCACGGCGGCGUGGUGCCAGCGGGCUCCACCCGCAGCCGCUCCGCCUCGGACACGGAGCCAGACGGCAGCCCGAGGCUGCACGGGGCGAGCCUCGACAGCCAGGAGUCGACCCUCCACGCCAGCAGCAAGAGGAGCUCCAGAGACAGCCCGACGCGCCGCACGGGCGUUCAGAGCGCGGGCGCAGAGGAGAUCGCGACGAAGAGACAUUUUCGCCUGUCGGUUCCAGACGACAUCUGGAGGUCGACGUCGGAGGGCAGCGUCGGCGAGGGAGGCGUCUCUUCGGUGUCAGUUGCCUCCAAUCACGACGGCAUCGCUUCGCUGUCGCUGGCGUCGUUGAGCGGAAGGCGCAGCUCCAGCAAGGGACGGCACUUCAAUAACGAGGACCAGAUGGUUCUUCGCGAGCUGUCGACGAGAGGAGCGAAGGACAGCAUCAAGGCCGUUGAGGACGACCUGGAGCGGUUCGAUGCCGCAUCCUAUGCCUUCAGGGUCCUGAGGUCGGUCGUGACCAAUCCCAGGUAUGAGAGCUUGGUCGCCGUGCUUGUGUUCGUGAACAUGCUCAUCAUGCUUGUCCAGGAGGAGCUUAUGGGCAUCCAGGUGGGUGCGAGGCUUGGCAUCUACGAGGUCUACGGGUCCGAGGACUUCAUGCGGAAUUGGGGGAACCAGGCCAACGACAUAAUGUUCGUCGUCGAGGUGGUCUUCGCCAUACUGUUUACGAUCGAGAUCGGUCUUACGUUUGUGUACGACCUUUGGACUCUGAAGUUGGGCUCCAAGUGCCAGCUCAGAGUGCCAUUCUGGAGGCAACCCUUGGAGAUUGUGGACUUUGGUGUGAUCUGGAUAUCCAACGUCAUACUCUUCUCGCACAUGGGCGGGCCCUUAGCCAGGCUGAAAUUCUUGCGCAUCCUGCGGCUGCUGAGGCUACUGCGGCUGAUCCGUUUGGUCAGGAGGUUUCAUUUUCUAGACUCCCUCCAUCUCAUGACUACUGCGCUCGCGGGCAGCCUCGGGUCGCUGUGCUUCGGUGCCGUUCUCUUGUUCCUGAUCCUCACGGUCUUCGCCAUGCUGUUUUCAACCGUCGUCCGGUGGGAGUUUCUGCACGAGGAGUCGGUUCUCCCAGAUGCGACUAAGAACCAGUUGUUCUUAUAUUUCGGCACCUAUUCUCGGUCGUUGCUGUCAAUGUUCGAACUCGCCUUGGCGAACUGGCCUACUAUCUGCCGGUUUAUGAUGGAGGAAGUGCACGAAUCUUUCAGCAUCUUUUGCAUGGCCUACAAAUGGUCGGUCGGAGUUGCGGCGAUCGCUGUGGGGGGUCGGCGGAUAAAUGGUGCCUUCAUGCAGGAGAUUUUCAGCGUCGCGGCGAACGACGAGUUCAUCAUGGUGAGGACAAGGAUGAGGCAGUCCAGCCAGCAUACCGAUGCCAUCACGCGCCUGUUCACAAUGGCUGACCAGGACGGGAACGGCAUGCUCACGAAGGACGAGCUGGCGUACGUGCUCGCGAAGCCUGCGAUCCGCACCUGGCUCGAAGCCAUGGAACUCCGCUGCGCUGACACCGACAUGCUCUUUGAGCUGAUCGCGGACGGGAACUCUGAGGUCAGCGUCGAGGCGUUCAUCCAGGGCAUCGCGCGCCUGAAGGGCCCCGCCCGCAACAUCGACGUCGUGAGCGUGCUGGACAUCUUGAAGAAGCACCAGGACGAGUCCAGCAAACGCCAGGAAAAGGCCAUGUCGCGCCAGCUGACGCGCCAGCUGGACAUCCUGGAGAGCGCGGCCGUCUCAAUGCGGCGCAUGUCGCCGCCCUCCUCGUGCAACAGCCCCAGGUCCCCGAUCCGCAUCUGACGCGGCCCGCGCAGGCAGCACGAUUCUCCCCCUUCCACCUGAUGCGGUUUGUUGUUUUUUGUCAGGCUCGCGCUCCGCACCCAUCUCUCUCCCUCUCUCCCUCUCUCCCUCUCUCGCUCUAUCUCUCUUGU